AUGGAAGCAUCGCGAGAGUACAAAAUGCUGUUGUGUUUCACUUUCAUCAAUUUGAAGAAAGAAUUUCAUACAGUUGAGACCGAAGCGGUCAUGGACGCCUUGGACAACCAAGGUCCUUACUCCAUACAUAAAGAUACUUCUGCCACUUUCGAGAACGCGAUGCGAGGAUUGGAAUUAGAUGACAUGGGAGUGAAAAUUGACGGCCGGCAUUUACACCAUCUUCGUUUCGCUGAUGACAUCGUUCUUAUAACAGCAAGCAUCAGUCAGGCGGAACGAAUGCUGGCCUAA